AAAAACCCUCUCUGCUUUCUUUUCUCACAUCAAACACCGAAACGCCACUCCACCGACGUCGUUUUGGUUCCUGCCAGUGGCACAACCGGAAUUGUUCAAACUAUGGAUGGAAGCGGUCUUACUCAACAAUCCAAAAAGCAGAAGCUAAAUGAAGAACUAGACGUUGUUGACAGGAACAUCAAAUGCUUACAUAAUUUACCGGAGGAGAUUCUUCGAUACAUCCUAUCCCUACUUCCAACAAAAGAUGCUAUUAGAACUAGCGUACUUUGCAAGAGGUGGGAAUACCUCUGGACCUCCAUUCCCAAUCUUCAUUUUAAUGGGUCGGAGCUGGCUAAGAGAAAGCAUUUCAUGAAUUUUGUGGAAAGAGUGCUUCUUCUUCGCGACUCUUCUGAUAUAAAAACAUUCACUCUCUAUUGUGAUGUGCUACGUGAUGCAUCUCAUGUAAGUGCGUGGAUCUCUGCUGCAGUAAGGCGUAAUGUUCAACGGCUGUAUAUUAGCCUUUGCAAUUUCAGAAAACCAUUUUCAUUGCCUCAUAGCUUGUUUACUUGUAUGACACUGACAGAGUUAGAACUUGAAAUGCCUUGUAUCCUCAAACUUCCUCCUACAAUUUGCUUCACAAAUCUCAAGACCUUAAAUUUUGGGUUUGUUACAUUACGAAAGAGCACUCAACCGAGAAGCUUUUUUCUGGGCUGCCAGUCCUUGAGGAGUUGGAUUUACAGAAUUGCUACUGGGUGA